AUGACAGAUGGGAAGAGGAGCGAAGGCAACCUCGAGUGGAUGUGGAAUCGUCAACCAGAGAUUAAACCAUCACAUAAAGCCGCAAUGAAACGCACUUACGAGAGCGCACUCAAACUCCUUGAAACCAGACGACGUAAAGCCCGACCGACGAGCCGACCGACGAGUCUGACAACUCCGGUUUCCACCAUUCAAGAUACCACGACAGUGAAUGGGAACUCUCUCAAAGGCGUACCGAGCUUGGUUGGAAUGAAGGAAUGGCUGCAAAGUUUAGGGCACUCAGAUAAUGCGGUAAACAACUUGAAUGUAAUUCAUGUCAGCGGCACGAAGGGGAAGGGUAGCACCUGCGCUUUUACACGCAGCUUCCUUCGUGCACAUAGCGUGAGGACGGGGUUUCCCAAGAAGAUUGGGCUCUAUACGGGGCCACAUUUGCAAUGCGUCCGCGAACGAAUACAGAUUGAUGACCAUCCAGUCGCGGAGGAAUUGUUUACCCGAUAUUUCUUCGAAGUGUGGGAUCGCAUUAUGCCUGCAGAUAUAGAACUGGAUGCGGGAGUCGCAAAGCAGCCCCGAUACCUGCAGUUUCUCGCCCUAUUGGCUUUCCACACCUUCAUCAAAGAAGAGGUCGACGCGGCAAUAUUCGAGGUCCACCAUGGCGGAGAGUAUGAUGCAACAAACGUAAUACGAAAUCCCGUUGUAACCGGAAUCACAUCUCUCGGAAUGGACCAUGUUGCACAGCUCGGACCUACCAUCGAGACUAUUGCUUGGCACAAAGCAGGAAUAUUUAAACCAGGUGCACCUUCCUUUUCCGUAACCCAGGACCCUGGGCCCGCGGAAGUUAUGCGAAAGCGUGCUCUUGAUAAAGGCACAACUUUGACGUUCGUGUCAGAAAAUGAAUGCCUUCCCACCGAUGGUAGAGUACUCAGCGUCCCAGUACAACGAUUGAACUGCUCCUUAGCGCUUGAGCUCACUAAAGCAUUUCUUCGAACCAAAGCACCCGGCCAUACACUUAGUGAUGCAGACAUCUACCAUGGUGUGCAAAGUUUUCGGCUGACAGGGAGGUUUGAGGUUAUAGAUGAAGGGAAGUUACAAUGGUUUGUGGAUGGGGCGCACAACAUUCUCAGUUUAGAACAGACUGCAGAAUGGUUUGCCAGGAACGUGAAUAAUGAGCAGAAGUGCCACGCCCUUAUUUUCAGCCAUCUGUCAGAAGAGCGAGAUGGAGUGGCGCUCGUGCAAUCUUUAGCGCACACACUCUUUAAAAACAAUGUGAAACCUGGCCAUGUCAUUUUUACUACAUAUCAAGAGAAAGAUGGUGACCCUAUCGACCGGACCAUCAAAGACUCUGAGUCACUAUCACAUGACGUAUGCGCCUUAUACACCUCGGUGUGGAAGGAACUUGAUCCGCAGGCCAUGGUUACAACUGCACCUACAAUUGAGGGGGCAGUAAGGCUUGCAAGGGAAAUAGGGGAUCGCGAAGAUGGAAUGGAAGUCCUUGUUACGGGAAGCUUAUACAUGGUUGGUGGAACACUCAGCCUUCUGAGGCCAUCGUCCUGUACAUAA